UCCUGGUGCACUGUGUGGUAGGGGUGAGCCGCUCUGCCACACUGGUGCUGGCCUACCUCAUGCUACACCAGCAGCUGUCCCUGCGCGAGGCAGUGAUCACCGUGAGGCAACACCGAUGGGUCUUCCCCAACCGAGGCUUCCUCCACCAGCUCUGCCAGCUGGACCAGCAGCUGCGGGGUGCAGGCCGGAGCUGAGGGGCCAGAGCUCGUCAUUACUCCCUGCCGCAGGGCUGUGCCACUUUGCUGCCCUGGCACUGGUCCUGUUGGUGCUGCUGGAGGCUCUGGCCCAGGUGGAUUCCAAGAAGAUGGUAAGAACCCAGUGUGGAGUCCGCCCUAGAGCCUGCUACUCCAUCUGCUUCCUCCCGCUGCCUGCACUCCCUGCCAGCCACUGUCUUCAGUCCCUGCAGAAACAGCAUCAAGUGUGCGGAGACAGGCAGCUGGAAGCCGGCAGCACAAAGUGGCCGUCAGAGAAGACCACAGCCUGGGCCAGAUAUCCCCACAGAAUGAACUCGCUGCAGAAGCAGGACCUCCGGAGGCCCAAGAUCCAUGGGGCAGUCCGGGUGUCCCCCUACCAGCCACCCACACUGGCCUCCCUACAGCGCUUGCUGUGGGUCCGUCGGGCUGCCAUGCUGAGCCACAUCAAUGAGGUCUGGCCCAACCUCUUCCUAGGAGAUGCGUAUGCAGCCCGGGACAAGAACAAGCUGACCCAGCUGGGCAUCACCCAUGUCGUGAAUGUUGCUGCGGGCAAGUUUCAAGUGGACACAGGUGCCAAGUUUUACCGCGGAAUGCCCUUGGAGUACUAUGGCAUUGAGGCUGAUGACAACCCCUUCUUCGACCUCAGUGUCUACUUUCUGCCUGUUGCUCGAUACAUCCGGACUGCCCUCAGUGUUCCUAAAGGCCGUGUGCUGGUACACUGUGCUAUGGGGGUGAGCCGCUCUGCUACAGUUGUCCUGGCCUUCCUCAUGAUCUGCGAGAACAUGACGCUGGUGGAGGCCAUCCAGACGGUGCAGGCCCACCGUGAUAUCUGCCCCAACUCGGGCUUCCUCCAGCAGCUCCAGGUUCUGGACAACCGACUGGGGCGGGAGACGGGGCGGCUCUGACUUGGUGAGCAGCCAGAAGCCCUGACCUUCUGGCCAGCAUGGCCCAACCCAACCAGCCUGGCCCUGGGGACAGCAGCCUCUGCUGUUUCCAGUGACCUUGAGGUAUAAAUAGCAAGUGGGGGCUUAGCUGAGGCAGAAGCAGGGAGAAUUGAGUGGUGACCUUUAGCAGGUGGAUUUCCCUGACCCAAUCCAAAGAUUCUUUAUACAAAAGAGAGUUCAGUCUGUCUCUAUAAUAAAAUGUUCAUCAUAAUAAA